UUCAUCGUCCUCUCAAGACACGGCGUUACGGACACACGGUUCCGACGUUUAUCAUACGGUGUCUGCCACUAUAACUACUCGUCACCAAUCUCUGUAUAUAUAUAUAUAUAGUAAAGCAAUUGCACACAAUCCAAAAGAGAGCCUCUCUCAGAUGUACAGCUAAGCACAGUCCCCAAAAUCCCCCAUCCCCUUAUCCAUGUCUAACCGCUUGACCCUGAUCUUCUUCCUCAUCUUCAUCCUUAUCCUCUGUGGCCCCUCCAAUGGCCGCUUCACCACGCGCCUUCAGUCAUCCUCUGAUCUGGUCUCCGAUGGUGGCACCCGGCCGGUCCGCGGCUGGCCCUACCUGGCUCUCAACCGCCUCUCCGCGGCGGAUUCGUCGUGCGACGAGACCUACGGGUUCUUGCCGUGCACGACCACUGUGAUCGGCAACCUCUUCCUCAUCCUGGCCUACGGCUACCUCAUGUUCCUCGCUGCGACCUACUUGUCCAAUGGGAGCGAGCUCUUGUUGGAGAUUCUAGGCCCUGGAAUCAUUGGCGGUCUGUUCCUUCCCAUCCUGGGUGCCCUUCCCGAUGCCAUGCUCAUUCUCGUAUCCGGUCUAUCUGGAAGUACAGCAACUGCUCAAAGUCAAGUCUCUGUAGGAAUGGGCUUGCUAGCUGGGUCAACUGUUAUGCUUCUUACAGUCAUAUGGGGAUCAUGUGUUAUAGUUGGCAAGUGUGACCUUGACGUUACUCAUUCAAAGGCUGAAGACUUGAAAGAUACAAAAGGCUAUAGCUUAACUGAAUCUGGUGUUAGUACUGAUAUCUGGACUUGCUACGGUGCAAGGAUUAUGAUCAUAUCUAUAAUCCCAUUUUUAGUCGUUCAAAUACCACAAGCUCUCAGUUCAACUUCAGGGAGGCGCUUAGCAAUCUUGAUUGGGCUUAUUGUCUCUCUUCUACUAUUGGUUUCUUAUUGCAUUUAUCAGGUCCUUCAGCCUUGGAUCCAGAGGAGAAAAUUUUCUUAUGUGAAGCACAAGCAUGUUAUAGUUGGACUUCUAAAGAAUCUUAGACAACGUGCACUUGGAAGGCUGCUCAAGGAUGAUGGUGAACCUGACGAAGACGUUAUUGACAAGCUGUUUUCUGCAAUUGACACAAAUAAGGACGGAAAUAUUUCAAGACCUGAAUUGAGAGCGUUGAUUGUUGGGAUUGAGUUUGAAGAGAUUGACCUGGAUAAAGAGGAUGCUGUAGAUAAAUUAAUGAAAGAUUUUGAUACGUCCCAUAAUGACGGCAUUGAUAAGGAUGAGUUUGUCCAGGGCAUUAAAAGAUGGCUAAGGAAGUUGAAGUGGAGGCGGCCUGCCUCUGGUGAUCCUGGUCCUCACACAAUGCAUUUUUUCAAUGAUGCUCACCACGAAAUAAAAAGAGAGGAAGAUUUGUUGGAUGUGGGGGUUCAAAGUGAUGAAGUUGUCGAGGGUGUUGAGGGUUCCAAGUGGAUCUCCAUCAAAGCAGUGCUGUUAUUGGUUCUGGGAACUCUCAUUGCUGCGGCAUUUGCCGAUCCCCUGGUAGAUGCUGUUGAUAACUUUUCUGAUGCCAGUGGUAUUCCUACUUUCUUCAUCUCGUUUAUCGCGCUGCCUGUGGCUACGAACUCUAGUGAAGCUGUCACAGCAAUUAUAUUUGCUAGCCGUGAUAAGCGGAAAACUGCCUCAUUAACAUUUUCUGAGCUAUAUGGGGCAGCAACGAUGAAUAACGUCCUCUGCCUCUCAGUCUUCUUAGCCCUAGUUUACUUAAGGGAUUUGACAUGGGAUUUCACCGCUGAAGUGCUGGUUAUUCUAAUUGUCUGCAUUGUGAUGGGUGCCUUGGGCAGCUUCCGCACUGUUUACCCUCUCUGGACAUCCAUUGUAGCUAUCCUACUUUAUCCAUUCUCCCUGGCGCUGGUUUAUGUCCUUGAUUACGUUUUAGGAUGGUCAUAGAUUCACGGAUGCCUUCAAAGUUUGAGUUGUGGGUAUUACAUUUCCUGCAGGAGGAUUCACAGUUAUUUAUUUUACUCGGUUGUUGUUGUUCAUCGUAUGAUACAUAUGUGUAUGAGACUAAUAUUUUGACUGUUUUGAGGAGCCUAGUAUGGGCAAUUUUUGUAGUUGUACAAUUAUUGCUUUCAUGGCCUGGUAUUGUUGUCCUUUUUUUGUU